AUGAGAGCCAGGAAACGAUCUGGCGAGGAGAUUGCCACACCCAUUUCCCCAAGAUCCCCCGGCUGCUCAAGCGACUUUGCUGCAACCCUCUGGCCCGAGUCCUCCAAACAUGCCCAUUUUCACGAUCUUCUUGCGGCUAUUGUCGGAGACAGAGGAUAUGAACAUAGACCAGAGGUCUUUGACCACUAUGACGCUGAGUCAGUUGCGUGGGCAGACUCGCUGGGUUUCCACCGAAUAGGUUCUUCUAUCUGGAUCGGUCGCGGAUCUCAGCCCAAAUCCUUGAUGAUGCGGGAAGAUCCCUACCACCCUCCGACUUUCGUCCGCCCCAUCAAAGAUACCCUGCCAAAGUCAAUCUUGGGCGAACUGAACGACGUGGGGUUUCUCGAAGCCGCACACAACAAUACCUUCAGCAGAUCGUGGCUGACGAUCAGCGAUAGUUUGCUACUGACAAGGAGGCGAAUACUCUUCUGCACCCUGCCGCACAACGCUUUCUCCCUAAAAGUGUCGCUUGGAUUAUGUAACAACCUGCCUCAACUCCUUUAG